GAUAGGUCGAUGCGGACCGGCAACAAAAUCGAACUCGAAGUUCGUUAUUUUCGUUUGUGACAGCUUGUAGUCUAAGCGAAAAUCUUUCAUUAAUCAGCUACUUGUCCAUGUCUAUGUCUUUGGACUGAUUUGAGAGGCCCACUAACCCAUCCUGCCGAAAAAUGGUGAAUUUGAAGUCAACUUCCCAUUUAUUGGAGAAGUUGCGAGCUUUGAUGAAGAAUAAUAAGUAUGUUCAGGAGCCAAUACAUGCGUACAUUAUACCCUCAGAAGACCGUCAUCAGAGUGAAUAUAUAGCUGAAUGUGAUCGCCGACGAGCCUUCAUUACUGGUUUCACAGGUUCCAGUGGAACAGCUGUUGUGACUGAUAAGGAUGCCUGCCUUUGGACUGAUGGACGCUACUAUCUUCAAGCGUCGCAAGAAAUGGACAAGAACUGGACGUUAAUGAAGCUUAAUGAUCCUGGUACCCCUACUGAGAGUGUUUGGUUGAGCAAAGUGCUUCCCGUAGGCUCACGUGUUGGUGUUGACCCUCAGCUAAUGUCUUACGACAGUUGGCACCCUAUGCAAACUCAGCUUGAGGCAUCAGGGAUGUCAUUAGUUCCUGUGCAUGCAAACCUUAUUGAUGCCAUAUGGGAGGAUAGACCAGCUCCACCAUGCAAUGUUAUUCAGCCUCAUCCUCUCAAGUACUCAGGCAAAACAUGUAAAAGCAAGGUACAAGAAGUACGUUUAGACAUGGUUGAGAAAGGUGCUUCUUUGCUGGUGGUUACAGCUCUGGAUGAAAUUGCUUGGUUGCUCAAUUUGAGAGGAUCGGAUAUAAACUACAACCCAGUAUUUUUCUCUUAUGUAAUUGUCUCUCCGACCGCUGUGCAUUUCUUUGUUGAAGAAUCAAAAGUAACUGGAGCUGUGCGUGACCAUUUUCUCCAAGAGGACUUGGCUGUAACCUUCCAUCCGUAUGACAAAGUGUACUCGUUUCUCACUGAGCAGAUACCCAUCCAAGAGGGUAAAAUAUGGCUGUCUUACUUAUCAUCUUAUGGAUUAAUAGCUGCUAUCCCUGAGAGAAAGAGAGUCACUGACAUUUCUCCAAUUGCUGUUAUGAAGGCUGUGAAAAACCCUACUGAAGUUGCUGGUUUAGUAAAUUGCCAUAUUAGAGAUGGCGCUGCUGUUUGCUGUUAUCUUUCCUGGCUAGAAAAAGAAAUUAAAGAAGGCAAGAGUGUAGUUACUGAGGUGUCUGGGGCUACUCAGCUAGAGGAGUUCAGGAAACAGAUGGAUGAUUUUGUGGGACUAAGCUUCACGACAAUUUCAUCAUCUGGUCCCAAUGGAGCCAUCAUCCAUUACACCCCUUCGAUUGAAAAUGAUAGAGUUAUUACUGCCAAUGAGUUGUACUUGUGUGAUUCUGGUGCUCAGUUCAGAGAUGGGACCACUGAUAUUACAAGAACUGUCCAUUUUGGAACUCCUACAGAGUACGAAAAGGAGUGCUUCACAAGAGUGUUCAAAGGACAAGCAAGUUUAGCGAGUGCUGUCUUCCCUCAGAAGAUUAAGGGCCACUACUUGGACACACUGGCAAGAAAGUUUUUGUGGGAUGUUGGACUAGAUUAUCUGCAUGGCACUGGCCAUGGUAUUGGUUCUUACCUCAAUGUUCAUGAAGGACCCAUGGGAGUGUCAUGGAGAGCUUAUCCUGAUGACCCAGGUCUUAGUGAAGGAAUGUUCCUUUCUAAUGAACCUGGAUACUAUGAGGAUGGGAAGUUUGGCAUCCGCCUUGAAAAUAUUGAGCGUGUGGUACAAGCUGAGACUAAAUACAAUCUCCCUAUUCGUAAAUUUAUUACUUUUGAAACUGUGACUAUGGUGCCAAUUCAAACUAAACUGUUAGUUCCUGAGCUUCUCACAGAAAAAGAGAUUUCAUACCUCAACAACUACCACAUGAAAGUGCGAGAGUCAGUGGGGCCAAUUCUCAAGAAAAUGGGCCAUGUGGAAGCAUUGGAGUGGCUCUACCGGGAAACUGAGCCAAUUGGUUAAGAUUUUACAAGAAUAUUCAUGCUGUAAAUGUUAAGCAUAUACGGUAACAGCAGGGUCCAAAAAUUUGUAUUGUGAUCCUUCUGUUUUUAACCCUGUCCAUUUUUUCAAUUUUAAAUAUAAUUUAUGUUAUGUUUUAUGAAAGAAAUAUAUUUUACAGCAAUUUACAAUUUAUUA